AUCCCGCGCGGCACAGAGCCCGGCGCUCCGACCCGGAGAGAAGUUGCUCUUCGGCACCGCGGACAGCGGGGUCCGCUCCUCCAGUGGAAGUGGAGUCGCAGGUGGUCCCGCUGACUGUCUCGCCGCCCGAACUGGGGCGCAGCACGGCGGCGCAAUCCGGGGCAGGGUCUGAAGGGAAGUCGUGGCAGUGGCGGCGGUGGCAGUGGCGGUGGAGGCGGCGGCGGCGGCGGCGGCGGCGGCGGGAGCAGCAGCGGGAGCGGGAGCGGGAGCCGCGGUGCUGUCAGUUAGGCCGUCGGAGAAAUGGGCGAGCCUGGGUCGGAGGUGAUGGAAUCCGCCCCUGCGGCCGGGCCGGGGUCCUCGGCGACGCCGACGACGGAGGACGCCGAAGAUGACAUCCAGUUUGUGAGUGAAGGACCAUUAAGACCUAUUCUUGCGUACAUUGAUUUUGGUUUAUGUGUUGGAGGUGGGACUGGAGUGAAAGUACAGGAGCCAGCACACUUGUCUCCUGUACAGCAGACCCAGGUAAUAGAAUUUCAAAAGAAAAAUGGAGAGAUCAAUUGUUUAAAUGCAUAAUACAGUGCAACGAAUCGCAGAACACAAUACAAAAGAAAGGAAAUGAAGAUCUUUCAGAACAUCAUAGAAGAGGAUGCCAAAGUCUGUAUCAUAACUGAUGAAAUGUCAAGUGUGAAGAAAAACACCCUACUGCUGUAUCUCCAAUUUACAGUUCAUUCUGCUCCUGUUAAUGUUUUGUUUCAAUAUUUAAAAUGAUUUGUGUCAACUCCAAUAGAAUACAUUUAAAUACUUAGUACUUUAAAUGAUUGUGACUUUGCUAAUGGAUAUUUGAAAUAAAAAUUAAGUGCAUUUUAUAUAAGUUUGGGGAAGAAUAUAGCUUUAUAGUUGUUAGAAACUUUUCCUGAACUAAUUAUUUGGAAUUAUUUAAGUGACUGAUUGUAAUUGUCAUUUGAUUCAAUAUCUUAAAUAAAACAAGUUAAUUGUUUUAAAAAUAUUUUUGAUAAGACUCAUUGCACUUAUCAGCGUGAUAAGAAUCAAAACAAAGUUUUAGAGACUGUAGCUAAGGAUCUUGAAACUGAAAUCCUUAAAAUUGGGGGCCAGUGCAAUAGUGCAGCAGGUAGGACAUUUGCCUUACACACAGCCAACCAUCCCGUAUGGUCCAGCAACCACCACCAGGAGUAAUUCCUGAGUACAGAGCUGAGAGUGAACACUGACCUCCACUGGGUGUAUCCAUUCCCCACAAAAAAGCAAAAUUAUUAAAAUUAGUCGGGUAGUGGGAUCAGAUUGGCAGCUUGUAGUUUAUAAGCUGCUUCCACUACCACUGUAUGGCAUCUUGCACUAUGUAAGCAUUUUUCUCAAUACUAUUGUGAUUUGGCCAGGAGAUUAGCAAACAUGAACUUCUUAUAAGACCUGGGCUUUACUGAUCAACAUUCUUGAAUUUUCACUACUUUCAACUGCAUUAGAGUCAAGAUAAACAUUCAGAAAACGCAUAAAUUGAUUCGAAUGAUCAAAGACCAUAAGAUCUUUGGAAAAUUUAAAAAUUGGAAUUAAAAAUGAGUCUUAAGUUGUAGGUUUGAUUAAAUCAGAUAAGUAUUGCAAUAUUCACUUCAAUAAAAAUCAGUUUAGUUACCCUUACUAGAAAAUACAACACGUAAAAGUAUGCCUUUUAUUUGAUAAAAAUCAUAGUGAAGGUGUUUUAAUUAUUUUGCUUAUUAGAACUUUCUGCAUGGCCUUAUGAAAUAACUUCACCCUACAUCGUUGUGAAAAAAACUUCAUCUGUGUGAAAUUUUUAUUUUCUACAUAUAUGGGGGCUUUGGGCCACACCCAACAGUGCACUGGCCAUAUUUCUGGCUCUGUGAUCAGUGGUCACUCCUAACUGGGCUUGGAGGACAGUACUCAAGGCAAACAUCUACUUGUAGUACUAGCACUCUGGCCCCAUUAUAAUUUUUUAAUAGAAUUUAUUUGCAUAUUUUAGACAAGUCAUUCAAUCCCUACAAGCAUAUGAAAGCUAAAAGGACAGCACUGUUGCACUCGAUAUGAUUGAAGUUAACAUUGAGUUGAGAUUUCAAUUCCAUGAACAUAAUGUGUACAAGAGUAAGAAACAGCUUAAUAAUAGAUGAUAUAUCAGAUUUAAUGAUAAUAAAUUUACUGAGGAAAAAGCAGAUUGGAAUGCCACUCCAUUUGUAUAAUUUUGGUUUAUAGAUCUUGGGGGCUGGAGCGAUAGUGCAGCGGGUAGGGCGUUCGCCUUAAAAGCGGCCGACCCGGGUGCGAUUCCUCCACCCCUCUUGGAGAGCCCGGCAAGCUACCGAGAGUAUCUUGCCUGCACAACAGAGCCUGACAAGCUACCCAUGGCGUAUUCGAUAUGCCAAAAAAGUAACAACAAUUCUCACAAUGGAGACAUUACUGGUGUCCACUCUAGCAAAUACAUGAGCAAGGGGAUGACAGUGAUACAGUGAUAUAGAUCUUGGUUUACAAUUCCCUUUAUAAAAUCACAGCCGUCAGUUAACUACAGAUACUCCUGGUAGGACUCAGGGACCAUGU